UGGUCAGAAACAAAGCAACGAUAACAAAACAGAUAAAACCGCCAUGGCUUCUCAGCUACAGCAGUACAGAGCUGCUAACCUGCGCCAUGGUGCGCAUCCAAAGAUCACAACCUUCCUCAGCCCAUCACCCACUUUCAUCUCCUUCCCAUCUCUCUUCCACAGACAAACUCGCCAAAAACCGGCUUCUCUUCCGACUCUGAGAGCGAAAAGGAAACCAGACGAAGAAAUGGAGAAGAAGAACGUGAAAGAAGAAGGGAAGGAAGCUGUGGUGGGAAAGGAAGAAGAGGAGGUGGGCCUCAUCGCUUUCACGGGGAAGGUGCUCCAACCGAUCCCUGGGCCACGUAUCGGGAACAGCUCGAUGCCGUGGAUUCUCGGCGUUCCGUUGGCCUAUGUCGGCGUCUCAGUCAUCGUUGCCGGCGUUAAUGCAGCGAGGAAGUUCAGAUCACCCCAGAAGGAAGAUAUGGGGACAGAAUCGUACGAAGAAGCGAUUGAUGGACUGAAGAAGCUGCUGAGCGAGAAAAAGGAGCUUGGACCGGUUGCAGCGCAGAAAAUCGAGCGGCUGACGACCGAGUUACAGGCGCAGAGCGGUUUUAACCCGUUGGAGAGGGUAAAAACUGGGUUCGAGUACUUCAAGAAGGAGAAGUACGAGAAGAAUCCUCAACUCUUCGACGAGCUUUCCAAAGGUCAGAGCCCCAAGUUCAUGGUGUUCGCAUGUGCGGAUUCCCGCGUUUGCCCAUCACAUAUCCUCAAUUUCCAGCCUGGAGAGGCUUUCAUGGUCCGAAACAUCGCUAACAUGGUCCCACCAUUUGACAAGACUAAAUACUCUGGAGCUGGGGCUGCUAUAGAAUAUGCAGUAUUACAUCUUAAGGUGGAGGAUAUUUUAGUAAUAGGACACAGCGGUUGUGGUGGGAUAAAGGGACUCAUGUCCAUCCCGGAUGAUGGGUCCACCAGCACAGCCUUCAUAGAGGAUUGGGUAAAGAUCUGUUUACCGGCGAUGCAGAGGGUAAAAAAAGCGAACAGCGAUUUAGCCUUCCCUGAACUAUGCACCAAGUGCGAAAAGGAAGCAGUGAAUGUAUCACUUACAAACCUACUAACGUAUCCGUUUGUGAAAGAGGGGCUGGUGAAUAAAACUCUAGCUCUGCAUGGCGGGCACUACGAUUUCGUUAAUGGAUGCUUUGAGAUGUGGAGUGUUACAUACGAAUUCACUCCCGUUCUUAAAUUAUAAGUGUUGAUCAACGGUGAUGAUGAUGAUAAGAGCCUCUUGUUCCCAAUCUUUCUGUUUUUGUCCCAUAAAUCAAUGGUGUCUGUCCUUGUGUUGUAAGUUAAUAUAAUAAAGAUUAUCUGUCUA